AUGGAAAAAGGUGUUAUGUGUGGAAAGAGUUUCACACAUAAAAAAGACCUUAAUUCCCACAUCAACCGUCACACUGGAGAGAAGCCAUUCUCAUGUGAUCAGUGUGGAAAGAGUUUCCAACAUAAAGUAACCCUUAAUUCCCACACAAAGAAAGAACACUCAGGAGAGAACGGUUUUAUAUGUCAUCAGUAUGGAGAGAGUUUCAGUUGUAAACGAAACCUCAAAACUCAUGAAAGACUUCACACUACAGAGAAGCAAUUUACCUGCAAACAGUGUGGGAAGAGCUUCUCAAAUAAACCACACCUUGACUCCCACAUGACAAGUCACACUGCAGAAAAGCCUUUUACCUGCAAACAGUGUGGAAAGAGCUUCUUAUAUAAAGCAAACCUUGAUUCCCAUAUGAGAAGUCACACUGGAGAGAAGCCUUUUACCUGCAAUCAGUGUGGGAAUAGCUUCUCACAGAAAGGAAAUCUUAAGUCGCAUAUGAGAAUUCACACUGGAGAGAAGCCGUUUCCAUGUGAUCAGUGUGGAAAAAAUUUCAGACAUAAAGCAACCCUUGAUUCACAUAUGAAAAUUCACACUGGAGAGAGUUCUUACACCUGCAAACUGUGUGGAAAGAGCUUCUUAUAUAAAACAAACCUUGAGUCCCACAUGAGAAGUCACACAGGAGAGAGGCCUUUUACCUGCAAACUGUGUGAAAAGAGCUUCUCACUAAAAGGAAACCUUACAGCUCACAUGAAAACUCACACAGGAGAGAAGCCAUUCAUGUGUGUUCAGUGUAGAAAAUGUUUUACACGUGAAAAAACCCUUACUUACCACAUGAAGCUUCACUCAAGCGAGAACUCUUUUAAUUGUCAGCAGUGUGGAAAGAGAUUCCCAGACAAGAGACGCCUUAGCUGGCACUUAAAAAUUCACUCCCAAGAGACGUCUUUCACAUGCCAUGACUGUGGAAAGAGUUUCAGUUUUAAAGGAAACCUGAAGACUCACAUGAGAAUUCACACUGGAGAGAAACCUUUCACCUGCACUGAGUGUGGAAAGAGUUUCAGUCAGAAAAUAAGCCUUCAGAUUCACACAAGGCUUCACACUGGAGCGAAACCUUUCAUGUGUCUUCAGUGUAAGAAGAGUUUCUCAUUCAAAAGAGACCUGAAACGUCAUUUGCAAAGACAUUCUGGAAAGAAAUUCCAGUGCUCUGCGAGUGGAAAGAGACUUAGAAAAAGGAACAGUUUAAAAAAUCCACUGCACAUUUACUCUGGACGAAGACAGUUUAAUUGUGACCAGUGUGAUAAAAAAUUUAUUUUGCCAUCACAUUUACAGAUACACCUGAAAAGUCAUGCAGAUGUGAGACCAUAUUUGUGUUUUUCAUGUGGAAAGCGUUUUAAAUGGCUUGGCAGUUUAAAAUGGCACCAGAAAAUACGUAUCUGUGUGAAACUAAAGCUGCGUUCACACUGCAGCUGAAUGUGGCCCAAAUCUGAUUUGCGUGCUUCACCUCUGUAUAAUUUGCACUUUUUUGGCUUUUUAUUUUUUUUUUUACAUAUGAAGGCCUGUGGCCGCACCUGAGCAUCUGCUUUGCUAUAGUUCAGUUGUUCUCAAUUCUUUCUUGUCGUUUGUGAAUAUGGAAAUACUCUUUGAAACUUUGUAGAUUUUUGCAUUCACAAAUUAAUAUUAAAUGCCAUUAUUAUUAUAAGUGUCAUU